AUGCGAGAGAGAGAGAGAUUGAAUUGGGGCUUUUCUUUAGUCGACAAAUUGGGGUUUAACCAGAGGUCGAGCGGGAAGAAAUCCCUCUCUCAUCUCCUAAGCUUCUUCUCUUUGGUUCUCUCCCACGGUGCGAUUUCUCAGGGUUUAAUUAAUGGCGAGAACGAAGCAUUUCGCGCGACGAAGUCGGAAUCAAACAGAUGCCAAUGUCCCUUCUUCGUCGGCGGCAGGUCCGAGUACAGUACGGCAGGUAUCACACUCGAGCGAGAAGGGCUAGUGAAAGUGGUGGUGGAGAUAAUGCUCAACAAACAACUUCACCAGCUACUGAAUAAGAAAGGAACAGCUAACAGAACCGGACAGGCUACGCCACAAAGUUCACAAAAGAGGCCUUAUCGAUACAAGCCAGGGACCGUUGCUCUGAGAGAGAUUCGCCAUUUUCAGAAGACCACAGACCGUCUACUUCCUGCUGCUAGUUUUAUAAGAGUAGUGAGAGAGAUAACCGAGAUUUAUGCUCAUCCAGAUAUCCGUAGUUGGACAGCUGAAGCUCUUGUAGCUCUCCAAGAGGCGGCAGAAGAUUACUUAGUUGGUAUGUUCUCAGAUUCAAUGCUUUGUGCUAUCCAUGCAAGACGUGUUACUCUAAUGAGAAAAGAUUUUGAGCUUGCACGCCGGCUCGGAGGUAAAGGCAGACCAUGGUGA